UCCCCAUCUGAGUUGCUAUUUCUCUCUGUUGUCUUGUUUAUCAUAGAAAUAGGAGAUGCAGUAGUAUUGCUCAUGAUGCUAGGAUGUUGUUUUCACACUGGAUGGACCCAGAAUCUAGUUAUCUACUAAAAAUUAAACUUCUUGGCAAUCCUGAGAAAGCUAGAAGGGAUGUCGACUGCUUUUGCUUAGAGAAAGUUAUUGAUUCUGACACAACAAAUUUGAAGGACUUUGUUGAAUCCAUCGUAGAGCAGUACCCUCCUCGUUAUAAGGAAAUUGCACAUGUUCAGUACUACGAUGCUGAUUUGAGAACCUUCCCAGUAGUUACAACAGACCAAGAGUUGAUGUCAAUGUUUGAGAAACACAUUAUGACAAAGGUAGUGCACCUGUUCAUUGCAUAUGUUCAUUGCAUAUGCCGAGCUCUCCAAACCAUAUCAGCUUAUCACUGAGUGGCAAGGCUAUGCUAGUAGUGUACCUGUUCAGCCUGAGCAAUGCAAGCCUAGCAGCACACAACCAGAUGAUGAAAGUUAUUUACAAAACCCAUUACCUGAGAAUGAACAUGUUGGUGUGGACGAGGAGGCUAUAUACUUGAGCAAUGAACCUGUACUUGCUUUAGAUGUUGCUGUUUGUUGUGAGAAAGAAAAGGGACUUAUUGCUGAUGGCCCAGAAGAUGAUGAGGUUGAAGUGGACAAUGACGAGGUUGAAGAGAACAAUGAUGAGGUUGAAGAGGAUGAGAUUGGUGAGGUACACUAUGACAAAGAUGACCCUGCAAUGACAGUAGGCUCAAAAUAUCCCAACAUGGAAGUAUUUAAGGUGGCACUAUCUCAGCAUGCAAUCAAACAUGAAUUUGAAUUUAACACUGUGAAGAGUGCACCGUAUAGGUUCACAGCAUAUUGUGCAAAGAAAAGGGAAGAUAAAUGUCCCUGGAGGCUACAUGCUUCAACAAUGGAAGACAUGAGCACUGUAAUGGUAAUUAUCUUACUAUAUUGGUUCACGGCAUUUGUUUUUUUCCUUUGA